AUGGGAGCAACGAACAUAGCCGCCCGACUGUCGGCACUCGUCUUCUUGGGCGAGAGACUCUGCCACAGCCAGGAGUGGAUCGAAAUCUCCAUCCGCUUUACGGUCGUGAUGAUGAGAGCCCAAGAACGCCUACGGACGUGGCCUGUGUUCACAAGACAUGUCGUACACUGGUUCCUCCCCGAGAUGAUCUAUCUGCGCAAGCUUGUACGCGACUCGAAGAAGAUUAUCGAGCCCGAGCUGACUGCUCGCCGCGCCGCACGGGGUGAUGUGAAGAAGCCACAGGACUCUUUGUCGUGGCUAGACGAUGUGCGAGGAGAUCGGUCUUUUGAUGUGGUCUGCGGACAGUUGUUCCUUACUGUGGCUGCGAUCCACACUACUUCGAGCGUCAUCACGGCGACUAUGUACGACCUGAUCUCGAAUGCGGAGUAUAUUCCGUUGCUCCGUGAGGAGAUCAUCCGAGUUUACAACGAGGACGGAGGUUGGGAGAAGACUAGCCUCUACAAGUUGAAACUCAUGGAUAGCUCUAUGAAGGAGAGUCAGCGUCUGAACAUCCUUGGCCCGAACAUGAUGAAUCGCUAUGCGGAAGACGAUGUCACACUCUCCGACGGCACCCUCAUCCGCAAGGGCUGUCACAUUACGAUCCCGACGCUCCAUAUGCGCGACAAGGAAAUCUUUGGCUCAAAUGCCGAUGACUUCGAUGGGUACAGGUUUCUGCGUAUGCGAGAGCUGCCUGGGCAGGAGAACAAGUGGCAAUUCGUAAGUACAAGUCCGGAGUUCCUGAGCUUUGGACACGGAAAGCACGCUUGUCCCGGUCGCUUCUUCGCCAGCAACGAGAUCAAGAUUGCGCUCAUCCACCUGCUGAUGAAGUACGACUGGGACAUUGUUGGGGAGAAGCCCAAGAGCGCGGCCAAGGCUCGGUUCGUACCGGACCCUGAGACGCUUGUGGCAUACCGGUCUAGGAUACUGGAGAUUGAUAUCUGA